AUGAUGAUGCAGACCCGCCUCCUUCGCCGAACUGUCCUCCCGACUGUUCGCUACCCUCUCGCGAGGACUCUCGCUACAACAGCCCCAGGCCACGUCCGCCUCCUUCAAGCCAUUACGGACGAUCACCGAGAGAUCGAAGCGUUCUACGACCAAUACCUGAAAAACGGCGGAAACACCGAUGCCCAACAACGCUGGGCCAACCAACUGACCUGGGAGAUCGCCCGUCACUCCAUCAGCGAGGAGCUCGUGGUGUACCCCCUCCUCGAGAAGGUGAUGGCCGACCAAGGUCACGUUCUCGCAGAGAGCGACCGUGACGACCACCAGUUCGUCAAAGACCGCCUUAAGAAACUCGAAUCCAUCGAGGUCGGAACGACUGCCUACAAUGCCAUCCUGAAGGAUAUCAUGGACCACCUCAAGGAGCACAUGAGGAAGGAGGAAACGGAGCAGUUUCCCCAGUUGGAGGCCAAGCUCGGCGAAGACCAGUCCAUCAGCACUGCUCGUAGCUUCGAGAGGACCAAGGCAUUCGUUCCUACCAGGUAUGCAUCAUCCAUCCAUAAUCGACGACGCCAUAUUCAUCCACCAUAA